GAUGAAAACAUGUAGUAUAAUUAAAUUAGUCUUUCACACUCACCAUCACUAACAACUGAGUCUGACACAUAGCCUUUCCCGCAAUCUUCUUCCUCUGAUUAAACCAGAAAGCAGAUUCAUUUUUGCAUUGACGACCUAACCAUGACAUUGAGAAUGUAUGUGUUUCAGGAACCUUCACAUCUGGCUUGUGCAACAUUCAGUGAAUCAGCUGCAAUGAUCAUUUAAAGCGAAAGUCAAGCAACCUGAAUGAGGGUUUUAAUGAGGGUUUUAACCCAAAACCUCCAAGGUCUGCUGCCCUGGUCUGGAUUUCGAUUUAACACAAUUAAGUGUUUUGAAUUUGAUAUUAGAACAGCGAGGGCCUGAAUUCUACAAGCCAGUUUAUUUUGGGGCAUUUGAGAUGAACGUUGCAUAUGUAAUAAUCAUUGAAAUGUUUUUGUGCUACUAAAUCAGACAUAAUUAACAGAUGCAGCCACAACUGUGCAUGAAAAAAACAUACUAUUGUUCUAAUAUUGCUAAUACUAUUUCUCUAAGCAGAAUUGAACUUUUAAAAUAGGCAAGUUUUAUUCUCAACCAGUUUGAGUAAUGUUGUGCGAAUCUGGAGUUUUGAAAUAAUGUAAUGCACAGGAAGGCUGAUUUUUCACAGUGCAAAGCGCAGUGACUCAGCAAUGUAUAAAUCCAGUGUGGCAAAGAAAUGCUUGGCCUGUACAGUGAAUUCCAACUUUAAAACUGGAAAUACAGGUUCCAUCCUUAAAUAUUUCAUGCAUGUGUGUGGGGGCGAGGAUGGGUGGAAGGAGAGGAUGUGGUUUUCAUACUCCUAAAAUGAUAAGAACAGUGUCACUCUUAUAGCAAGUGUCUGAUUCCUGUUCACCAGUAACCUCAAGGUCAGCAAGGAAGGGGGAGGGCUCAGUGGGAGGAGCUUGUAGUGGAAGUACAUGGUUGCUGUGGUUAUGUCAGAGCCUGGCUCAGCCAAUCAGAGCAGCUGGGGGAGGAAGAGCGUGCCCCUCUCUCUACUCAGGUGCAGUGUGGGCAGAGAUGAGUAGGCUGGCAGGAAGCUGAUGUAACAGUGAGCUCGAUGGAGGAGAGCAGGCUGACGUUAGCAGAGCCCCGCUAAACAGCAUGAUCUUCCUCUCACCUCGCCACUGGCCCUGUUCACCAUGUCGUUUCGGACACACGUGCUCGCUUGCAUGUUCGGUAUGGGCUCCUGGGUGGCUAUCAAUGGCAUGUGGGUGGAGCUUCCUCUCAUCGUGCCCCAGAUCCCAGAGAGUUGGCACCUGCCCUCUUACCUGACUGUCCUCAUCCAGGCAGCCAACGUGGGCCCCCUGCUGGUCACGCUGCUGCACUACUUCCGGCCGGGCGUCGUGAAUGAGGGGGCGGUCAUCUACGGCAUCGCGGCCGUGGGCUGCCUGGCCUGCCUCCUGCUGGCAUUCCUGUGGCACCACACGGUGGAGGUGGCGGGCGCCCGUCACAGCGUGCCCCUGCUGUCGCUCACCUUCUUCCUGUCCGUGGUGGACUGCACCUCCUCCGUCACAUUCCUACCCUUCAUGAUGCGCCUUCAACCUCAGUACCUCACCACGUACUUCAUCGGGGAGGGGCUGAGUGGACUUGUGCCGGCAUUGGCUGCGCUGGUCCAGGGUGUGGGUGUGGUUCACUGUCACAACGCUACCCAGAAGGACAACGGGACUCGGGUCAAUGCCUCGGAAACAGGCCAACAGCUGGAGGCCCACUACCAGCCUGCCAAUUUCUCCACCCAAACCUUCUUCAUCUUCCUCACCGCCAUGAUGGUGGCAUGCAUGUGCGCCUUCCAUCUUCUGAACCGUCACCCAUCUGUAAGGCAGGAGCACAUGGGCAACGGAUACCUGGCAGGACAGAAGGAGGAGCCGGGACUCAGACUGCAAAGCCCACUGGAACCAAAGCCCAUGGUCACACCAGUGAACUGCCACCAGGGGGAGCAGAGGAGCACCUUUGGCUCUGGCACAUACAGCACGACGGAGGUGCUGUUCAUCUUUGUGGUCCUGGCGUGGGUGAAUGCACUCACCAACACCGUCCUGCCCUCUGUCCAGACAUACUCUUGCCUCCCCUACGGCAACAAGGCCUAUCAUCUCGCGGCUGCCAUGGGUGCAUUAGCUAAUCCUUUAGCUUGCUUCAUUGCCAUGUUUGUGCCCGUAAGGUCACUGAAGCUGAUGGGGUUUCUCAGCCUGUCUGGCACGGGCUUCGGGGCUUACAUAAUGUUCGUAGCGGCGAUGAGUCCCUGUCCACUUCUGGUCCACAGCGGCUCAGGAACGGUCCUCAUUGUUGCAGCCUGGAUUCUCUUUGUAUUAACACUAUCCUAUGUGAAAGUGACCAUUGGGGUAAUCCUGCGAGAUGAAGGACAUAGCGCCCUCGUGUGGUGUGGAGCAGUAGUGCAACUGGGAUCUAUGCUUGGAGCCUUAACAAUGUUUCCCCUUGUUAGUGUGCACAGUCUCUUUACAUCAGGAGACCCUUGUAACACUAGAUGUCCACUCUAGAGAUGCAACCAACUUGUCUUGGUUAUUAUUAUUAGUUAUUAUAAGUUAUGGGUGGAUGUUUCCAAGGACAAAGUUUGUUUCUAUAUCUCUGUAGGUUCAAAUGGUUGUACCCUGUUUAGGGUCAUGGGGGGCCUGGAGCCUAUCCUAGUCAGCAUUGGGCACAAAGCAGGCGUAUACCCUGGUUAGGGUAUCAUGUACCUUUAUAUAACACAUGCAUAUCUUACCAAAAUUCUGGCACCCUCUUCUGAUUGUAAGUCAAUGGGUAUGAAUUAGUGACGGCCAAAUGAAGACUCAUGAACCAUUCGUUAUAUUUCUUGACUCCACUAGAUGGUGCUCUUGGUUUGCUUUUGGGCAUGCUUUGAGCCCUUUUGUUGAACAGACAGCACCGUCCAGUAGGAUCAGAAAAUACAGCAAGUGAUCAAAAAAUAUAACAAAUGGUUCAUGAGUCUUCAUUUGGCCAUCACUAGUGCGAGUGAUAUUUCAUUUUGCUCUAGCCUGAAAUGACGCUGCAGGGCCCCAUCAUCAGGCCAACAGACUGUCUCUGGGAUGAGCUGAGGCACAGAAACCGAAGACUGAUCCUUCAUAGGUGAGCGUCAGGUGAGCACAAAAGCUUCUCCAGAUGCCAUGAAGCCACUAUGAAGACCGAAGGUGGGCUGAAUAGCCAUGUCUCAGGGCUGUUGGUGCAGUUGCGCCCAUAGGACUUGUCUCAUAUAUACAGCCUUUUAUAUGGACUGUCAGUAAGGAGGCAGUUAGCCUCAUUUAGCUAAUUGUAUGAAACAAUGUGGUGAAAUUACAUUUCAACUGCCUCAGUUACUGUGCUGAAAAUAGAGUCAUGCCUCUGUAAUGCAAUAAUGGCUGACAGGUACCAAAAAAGACGACGGGCACGAUAGCAAAGGGGACAAAUGAUGAUGUAGUAGCGCCCCACCGUGUACGAUAUCCGUCACUGCAGCACUCAACCAACAAAUGGGAUUACUGUACUUUUUUUGCAUGAUUUGUAAAGUGAAAUUCAGAGUUUGUCUAAUACACAAAGGGAGAGGUCCUCUGGAAAGCCAUCGGUCAUGUGAUGUUUGUGUGACACGUCGAAAAUGCACGGUGACACUUUUGCAUGGCGGUGUGACUUUCCUUUGCGGAGUGCUCUGUUCUCAUUCCCUCAGAGGCGGCUUAUCCUACGAUUCCAACGACGGGUGAGAGUAACUCAGGAUGGCAAAUGCAAGCCUACUGUCUAAAUAUUGUGGAAAAAACGGAAUAACGGCAAGACGCUUAGCGAUGUCACUUAUUCAACAUGUUGUACUGUAUCCAGAUGAAUCACAGAGCAGGUCGGCAAAGUUCGUUGUUUGUAAGGAGCUUUUAUGGUCUUGAUUAGCAAUCUUUUAUUUUGUGUACAGUUUCAUAUAUUUCACUUGAUAACGUACAACUGUUUUGUUUAUUGUAUAGGUCAAUAAACAUUUUUUACAAGUUCAAAAGGAUGCACAUUUCCCCCCAAAUUAAGUAAAUCACUCUUCAUUUUGCUAUUAUCCCAAAAUGUAACCACCAACAGAUAAUCAACAGAUGUAUCUUACAGAGUUUGCUGAAUCAGCCUGGCUUUAUUUAAUUAAUAUUCCUAUUUCCUGGUUUUUCAUACUUGUUUUUGUUGUCUUGAUAGAAUUUUGGUUAAUUAAUAGCUGACCUUUGUACUGCUGAUGGGUUCCUAAUACAAUGUUGUAUUGUUAGUAAAUCCACUAAUUUCAGUUUGAAUAUUAGCCAUACAUGUUUAGCGGGAGUUUGUCUCUUCCAGAAUUUAUUAAUUAAAAUGAAGUUUUCGUAGAGAUUUGAUCCACUGCCACAUGUGGCGUAACAAACAUGCAGUGAAGGGCCUGGGGCUUGGUGCUGUGUGCUCAGUGAAUUAGGCUUCUGCACUUGUGAUCGGAAGGUUGCUGGCUCAGAUCUCUGAGUUGGCAGCAUGGUUUCACCAGUGGACCCCCAAGAAAGGCCCUUCACCCCCCCCCAAUUGCUCCAGGGAUGGGGUGACCCUGCUUCUUCGCAGAAAUGAAUGUUGCUUUGGAUAAAAAGUGCCUGCAAAAUAAAUAAAAUGUAAAAUCCAAAGGAACACUGAAGCAACUCAAUAAAAUGAAAAAACAGAA